GCGUUGAUGUGCUGAGAGAGGGUAAGAGUGAGAGAAGAAGAAGAGAAUCAGAGUUUAGUCGAGUCGUCGAGUGAUAUAGAGAAGACUCGUGCGUGAACGAGGAGCGGCACACGGGUAUAAGCGACGAGUUGGUUAGUGACUUAAAUAAAACGUUUAUCAAGAAAAAAAUCACCAAGUGUUGCAGUUUGUAAAGAUGGCUGGUGAAAAACGUAAUCAGGAUCAUGAGGACAUUCAACGUGAGGAAACAAUUGUGCUAGUUGACAUCGAAGGAACGACUACUAGUAUAAGCUUCGUGAAGGAUACUCUAUUUCCAUAUGUUCGUGAGAAUCUAAAAGAAUACAUAACAAAAAAGUGGGAUGAUGUAGAAUUCAAGGACGAUGUUGAAAAAUUAAAAGAGCAGGCAACACAAGAUCAAAGUGACAAGGUUGAAGGAUUGGUACCUAUUACUGGAGAGACUUCAAAAGAAUUACAGGAAUCAUUAAUGAAUAAUAUAUUGUGGCAAAUGGAUAAUGAUCGUAAAACAGGCGCUUUAAAGCAACUCCAAGGGCAUAUGUGGCGUGAUGCAUACAAUUCUGGUGCUGUAAAGGGCCAUGUUUACGAUGAUGUACCUCAAGCGCUUGAAGAAUGGAUAAAAAAUGGCCGCAAGGUGUACGUUUAUUCAAGUGGCAGCGUUGAAGCACAAAAGUUGCUCUUUAGUCAUUCCGUGCAUGGUGAUUUGCUCAAGUAUUUUAGUGGUUAUUUUGACACUGAUGUGGGCGCAAAGCACGAGGCUGCAAGUUACAAAAAAAUUCUAUCUAAGAUAGAAAGUGAAGGUUCAAAAGUAUUAUUUCUUACUGACAUUGCGAAAGAAGCAAAGGCAGCUACUGAAGUAGGAAUGACAGCAACAAUAGUUAUCCGUGAAGGCAAUGCUCCUUUAACCCCUGAAGAGGAUGUUUAUCCAACAAUUAAAUCCUUUUUAGAACUGUCUUUUGGUAGCUCAGCCAAACGACAGAAAGUAGAUGAGACUGAAACUAAUAAAGAAGAGCUAAAGAAGGCUGAAGAACUUCCAAAAACAACUGUCGAAUCAACUAAUACGGACAUGGAUGUUGAAAUGAAAGAUGCUCGUGAACAAAAAGUUGAGAAAGAAGUAGAUGUUAAAAAAAUACCAGAAGAAGAAAAACCUGUUAAAGAUAUUUCAACAGUUGAAUCUUCAAUAGAACCAAUGGAGUGUGAAACAAAAAUUGACUCCGAAAACUCAAAAGAUGUCGAAGAAGAAUCUGAAGAUAAAAUUACGAAACAAGAUGAUGAAUCCGUAUCUCAAGCGUCAACGAGUGAUAUUGAUAAACCAGAAAAUGAAACCAAGUCUGAUAUUGUAGCCAUAGUUGAUGAUAAAAUUGAUCAAUCAAAAUCCGAACCAAUUAAAAAAGUCACAGAGAACAAGACUGAAAUGGAUAAAACUGUUGAAGCACCAAGUGCUGAUAAAAUGGAGACUGAAGUCAAUAAAGUUGAAGUAGUGGACGAAAAAACCACUGAACCAACCAAACCUCCUGAAGAAGCACCUAAAGUUGAAAAUAAAGUUGAAGAAAAUAAAGAACAAAUUGUCAGUAAAGCUGAAGAAAAGGAAGUGAGUGAGAAACCUGUUGUAGAAGAAGUAAAACAAAAUGGUGAUUCAAAGGUUGAAAUAACCGAAUCGACAACAGCGAACGGUUCUACAGAAGUAAACGGUGAUAUAAAGGAAGAACCAAACGUUCCUCCAGAUACAAAAGAUAUUGAAAAAACUGUUGAAGUCCCUAAAUCUGAAGUUGCAACUGAUUCUGAGUCAGCAAAGUCAGAAGCUACAAAAGAAGAAGAAGAGAAAGUGAAAGAAGAUAUUGUAGAAAAGAAGUUAAAUGGCAGCACACCAAUUACUGAAAAAGAUGAAACGACGUCACAUAGAAAUGGUGUAAAUGAUGAAAAUAAUAAACAAAAUGGAGAUGAUGAUAGUACAACUGAUAAAGAAUCUAUCAAGGUAAAAAAAGUCGUAGACAGCAUUGCGGAAGGUUCUGGUGAACCUGACGUCGUUUCACCAGUAGCGGUAGUAGCUGCGACGUCCUAAUAAUCUUGCAUUCUUGAGUUACAUUAAUGGUAAAAAAAAAGGAAAGAAAAAAAAAGAAAAUAAUCAUACAUAACCCCGUGUCCCUGAACUUAAUACUUAAUGUUACAAAAUAUAAAUUAAACAUUUUCCGUAUCCCACCUCGACAUUUGCACUUGACAAAAUUGCGUAACGUGUUCGAGUGCCAGAUGAAUAGAAUAGAAAUGUAUCAUUUAUUUUUUCAUUAGAUUUUUUUAACAGUGAAAAUCUUAAUUUUUUGAAAAUUCAUUUAUCUUCCAAGUAAAAAAGGACAAUAUAUAUAUAUAUAUAUAUAUAUAUAUAUAUGUUUGUGGAUUUCAUUAACCAGUUUUCUUACAGUAGUCCUGCAUAAAAACAUCGAGUUUAUUGCUUUUUGUUAAUAAUUAGCCAGUCUUUCAUUUUCCUAUUUAUCUAAAAAUUUUAUAGCAAUGAACAUCUCUUUUAUUUAUAACUGUGCCAAAUAAUUUUUCCAUCUAUUCAUCAUUUCAUCUUUUUUUUGUCAUUCGUUUACUCUGGUUUUACCUUUAAUUUUUAAUAUACUUUUUAAUUGCAUUAUUAUUUUUAUUGCUUUAAUGACGAUCAUAUAAUAUUCAAGACUGAUAAUCCGCAAGCGCAUAUAAACCAUGAGUUGCUGGCCUAUCAAAGUUCCGUUUGCGAUACCAUUUUUCAUGUGCGUAUGGGUACUUUUAUACUAAAUGUACUUAAUUAUUUUUUUCUCAGUAAAAAUAUUUUUUUAUGCUA